GGGUUUGAAUUCGGUACAUUGAGUUAGCCGAAUAGGUCUAUUGGGCCAGCAAAAAACCUCUGAAAGUACAUUCCGAACCUUAAGGGUUUGUUGUGCUGCAUGACUCUUCCUAGCGUCGUUGUUCCACAAAAAAAGGAAAUGGAGCCACCAAACCAAAAUGCGAGCCAGAUUGCCAGAAUACAUAUUAAUAUUACUAUUUUCAGGGGAAUGCCCGCGAAUCGACGCGAACGGCGCGCCCCGCAGAAGUAAACAAUGUAAUAAGCGCGAUUGAUAGACUCUUGCAAACUUUACAACUUCCCCCUGGCACACUGCUGACAGAACAGAUGACAAUGUUUGUGAAAAAUCCUUGUUAUUAUACCCAAAUAAAUUCUGCAAAUCCUGCAGCAUUCGUUUGGAACAAUGUCGGUUUCUUUAUAAAGUGGUCUUCUUAUUCCUGGACUCUUGUCGCCCAUCGUUAACACAUGCUUUAGGUUGACCCCGAUUAACAAAUCACUCUUUACCACCCAAGUGAAGAUGGUUUGUUCAUAACAUAAUUUCCCCAGGUCUACCCCCACUUAAAAAAAUAGCGGCUGAUACGCACGUGUUUGCUAAGUUGCCAUUGGUCACUCUUUUUAUUAGCAAUUUGACGCGUUUGACAGCUGUCGUCUGUAUGAAAGUGAGAUUCGAGGCCAAGGUAACCAGAGGUUUUUCUCUCUCUCCUCGUCGCUUUCGCGACUCGUUGUCGCCGCUUCGCGGUUUGCUCUUGAUCUCUUUCGCGAAGAAAAAUCAAGAAAAACCUCUGGGACCAGGGUACUAAUAAUCCACAGAAAGGAGUCUGUUCCUCGAAGCAAGAUUUUCGCUUAAUGCUUUAAUUUUUACAACUGAGACGGCAACCCAGAGAGUUCAAUAUAACUUCUUGUUCUCUUCACCUAAAUGGCAACCAGGACAACCUGACAAUAGGAAGCCAUUCAAUGUGCGUCUCAGACAAAUCUUGAAAACAUGCAUCGUAAAUAACUAAGUGAGUAAGUUGGUAAGGAAAUAAUAACGCCCGAUAUCAUGAAGCUGAAAAAGAAAGUAAACCAGACACUGAAAACGGUAAGUUAUCAACUCCACCAGAGUUAAGAAAAGACAAUAAAUUAGGUAAGUAAUUCCAGAUUCCAGGUACUGGAUUCAAGUCUUUGUCAGUAGAACCAAGAGACUAUGAUUUAUUCUCUCUUAGUAGAACUUGGAUUCCGGAUUUCAAUCGUUAUUUGCAACAAACUCCUUUCUGUGGACAAGAGAGGAUAAAGCUGGAGCUUUAUCCCCUCUUGCUGUGGAUUAGUACUUGUUUUUUAUUACAGUCAUGCCUUGAAUACCCGCUUUAAUGUACUUUACUGGCACUUCAAGCCUAACGUCUCUCCUCCUCUUUCCAGUUACUUGUGCAAAGAGUUUAUUUUGGGAGUUUGCGACUUUUACGCGGGUAAUCUUUUAGAGGACGGGUAGCUUGCAAACUAAACUGAACGCAGGGUUGUCGGAACAGCAACAAGAAGAUUUAUUCCAAAGAAGAACGUAGUUUCCACUGAGUAAAACUCCACAACAGCACGUAACUCGUUAAACUUAAGCGGCCUCCGCCAACUUGAAUAAAAACUGCCUUCGUCACACUUGACUAAACACGACCAACGUCAAACUCUCUUCUCUUGUGAAAACUAGUUAAAACUUAACUCGGGCUCGCCUACCUUAUAUACGUUUACAAUAAGAUUCUAGAACUUUCCAAAUAGUCUAAUUAUAGAAAGAUUACAAAAUAUACCGCUUUUAGAAACGCUUACACAAGAUCCUAAAAUAAACAAAUUAUGAACUCUCAUGAAGCUUCUAGAAAGUCACACUAGUCACGCAAUACAAUUUUUCGUAACAGCGACCAGGAAGUUUUUCAACAAGCGUUUUCUUUAUUUUUGCCGAAAACAUUUGUUAAAAUUGAAACAGUUCUCGUUUCUUCUACCGACAGACUCGUAGCUUUUCGUGCCCGAGUUAGCCUUUUUUAAAAAAGGUUUUAAGUUGUUGUAACGUUUAUAAUUUAUAGUCUAUGAAGUGUAUCGCACAUUUUUCAGUGAAUGCACCCCUAAGGAUUUGUGAGCAAUUCAUAGACAAGAAGAAAACAAUGGUUACUCAUGGUAACAUUUUUUAUCAGAUACUGUUAUACAUGAGUAUAUUCAAAGCUGAAUUUACACUUAACUGGGCCCGACAGAAAGAAAACAAAAUAAACUUGCGGUGAACACAAAAGUCGGCCAGCUUUUUCUUUUAGGUCUUUUCUUGAGACAUUAUAUUUUUGACUCUAACAUCCGUAACCUGUACAUUGGCUACCGAAGAGUAUCGUGCACAAAAAAGAUUUUUUCCCUUCAUAUUGUUUUCAUAUCAGUCGUUUUCAAAUCAUUUUCCCCUGCCGCGACAUUGGACCCGCGACCGCGACUUUGGACCCGCGACCGCGACAUUGGACCCGCGACCGCGACCUUGGACCCGCGACCGCGACCUUGGACCCGCGACCGCGACCUUGGACCCGCGACCGCGACAUUGGACCCGCGACCGCGACAUUGGACCCGCGACCACGAAAUUGGACCCGCGACUAUUAGUCAAACUCGUUUACCACGGAUAUAAGACCUUCCUUGUUUGUUUAUGGAAAAGCCCGCCAUCGUUUAAUUCUCAGGAAUGUUGAGGAAUGCGAUCACGUGUGCUUACAUUUGAGGCGUCAGGGAUAAAUCACGUGCGCUUAGUUCAAAUAUGUUUCUCUGCAGAGGCAACUGUUUCGCGCGUCUGCGAAAAAACAGUCUACCUGUUUCGGUAGUAACUUAGCCUCAUUAGGUUAUGGGCUCCUGCUCCGACCCCGCAUUUUACUAUAAGGCAAAGAUAAGUUAAUCAUGAUUUUCUUUAUACAUUAUCUACGUAGCUGGUUGAAAUAACGACUGCAGCAGGCUCCGAGGCAGAAUAAAAGAAAAAUGUUUAAUUUAUUGUUUAAUUAUUAACCAACCCCAGCCCAACCUCCGUUCAGGGGACACCUCUAUUCAGGUGACACCCUCGGGACCAAGGAAAGUUCAGUUCAAGAAGCCUUGACGAAUAUCCAAUUAUUUUUUAAAAUCUCCCAGAAGCAUUGAAGCCUUAAUUGAACUAGCUCGAAAAAAUGUGAAAUUGAAGAGUCAUGACAAAAGAUUUUUUCUGUACUACCUGUACAACUGUCUAAAUUUUGACCAAUCUGAGACAUUUGUCGUCAUAAUCAAAUUUUCUUCGAUAGGUUUCCAAUUUCCAUAGCAAUAGAGGCUCCACUGCGCGCGUUUCGCUGUGAUUGAAUAAGGCCUUAAGGCCCUUAAUUAGAGCGCUGUUUACACUGCUGAUUUUCGGUACCGGGACCACACGAAGCACGUGGUGCGAAACAAAUAUGCCUUUACGAAAUGCUUUAGAACAUCUAUAGGGGUCCAAACUUAUCAUGUUUUCAAGGUUUUGGGACCACAGACGCCUAUGGUACCAAAACCAUGUCGGGCUUGGACCCAACCAAACCAGCCCUACUCGAACUGAAAAAAAUUUCUUCUUUUUGCACAUGUAGAUAUUGACGAGUGUGCAGCCAACACCCACUCAUGUCACAUGAACGCUUUGUGUAUCAAUACCUGGGGAUCCUAUCUCUGUGCCUGCAAAACUGGCUACUCAGGAAAUGGAAAAAGUUGUUCUGGUGACACAUGUUUAUUUUUCUUACAUUACAUUACAUGACUUUAUUUUACCUCAAAUUUACAGAGUAGCUCAAAAGCUAAUACCUUCGAAGAAAUAAUACUGAAAUAAUAAAAUAACAUUACUAAGUACUAAUUAUCUGAUGUUAAGUAUCAUGUUUCAUGUAAUGAAAAAUAUCUAUUAAUGCUAAGUGCUAACAUGGUUGAAAGAAAAUGGUUCGUAUUAGGCUUUCUUUGUUUGAUAACGAUUGAAGUAUUUUCAUAGUUAGGCUUUAUAAGGUACUAGCCACUUGGAGUAGCACGUUCCAUAAAUGGGCUCCUGCAUGUUCUCAAAAAGUUAGCGCAUUUGGACGUGCCUACGACUAGCUCCACUAUUUGCUCUUCCAAAUGUGCCAAUAGAUCCUAUAUUCGAAGAGCGAAACAGACUGUAAGCAGCCUAUCAUUGUCUUCAUUAAGCAUUGUUCUUUGUUUUAGAUAUUAACGAAUGCGUUGUACAUAAAGACAAGGUUCUGUGUGCGUGGAAGGACGGAUGUGUUAACACUCACGGUGGUUACAAAUGCAAGUGCCCACCGGGAUACAAGGUCUCCUCACAGGACUUUCGUCUUUGUGAAAAAGGUAUUGGAGUGAUUACAUAUCAUCGCUCUUUCCCUUCGAUAAAAAAAAAAUUAUAAUGAAGAAGGUUACUUUUAAGAAGCUGAAUUGCAGUAGAAUUGAACCAUGCAUUACCUGACCGACUUGAUAAUAUCAACUAACCAUUUCUGUGUGGUAAAACAUAAGGGGUAAAUUAUUCAGCUACUUGUAUUUUAUUAUUUUUGCAGAUAUUCCACAGAUGUUAAGCCGUUCCAGCAAUGUCACAGUUUUGUUUUUACAGACUGCAACAUUACCUUGUCGCUACAGUGCCUCUGGCCCAGUCACUGUCAGUUGGCGAAUAAACAACAGGAUUAUAGCCGUAAAAAGAACAGAUGGUAAGUCAAGCCUGAUCGACAUGAAAUUCCCCUAAAGUUUUCAUGCUAACUUCAGAAUAUUUACAUACAAUCAACUGUGUCUUCAUUCAUGCAUUAGUUCAUUAGACUUUCUAACGCUAAGCAAGACAUGUUUUCGUAUCAUAACUUUUUAGUAACUUACCUUAAUGCAAUUUGUGUUUUAGUUUUAGUUUUUUAACGUGCCUUAGUUUUUAAAACAUGUAAAGAUAAUUUUUAACGUAAUGUAUUUUUUUGUCGUAUGGCCCUUAUGUAUAAUAAUAGCCUUCGGCUGAAUGGAAGGACCAUCUACUUUUCUUGUCUUCCCUUUCCUGACUUGACUCUACUUUACUUUGCUUUAUACUUUACUUCGCUUCACUUCGCUUCACUUCACUUCUUUUCACUUUACUUUUCUUUACUUUACUUUACCUCACUUUACUUGACUCUACUUUACUUUAUACUUCACUUCACUUCAUUUCACUUCACUUCACCUCUUUUUACUUUCCUUUCCUUUCCUUUCCUUUAUUUUACUUUACUUAGUUAGAUAACUUUACUUUAUUUUACUUUUCUUACUUACUCAAUUUACUUUACUUACUCUCACUCUCUUUCUUUUCUUUACUUCUUUUUACUUUACUUUACUUUACCUUACUUUACUACUUUUUACUUUACUUUACUUUUAAAUGGGCGGAUUGGAGGAGACGGGCUAGGGGAUUGCGAGGCUUUGAUUCAGAAAGUCUUGACUUUCGCUCAUUAACAGGUUCCAAGCAGACCAUUAACCGGCGUCUGACACUUGACGACAGUGGAGACUUGAUGAUCCAUAACACUACGUUCGGAGACGCAGGGAGAUUUAUGUGCAUCGUACAAAACGUGCGCUUUUUCUCUGGGAUCAUACACAACUUGAGGAUCGAGUGUAAGUUUUAUUUCUAAAUUCGCAAGGCUUGGGGACGAGUGGCCCGUAAAUGUUAAGGGACUUGUCAGAAAUUAGCAGGGGGAGAGGGAGGUGGGAAUUUUAAAUUUGGGUUCGGAAAUGAGGUGACCCAGCCCUGGAAUGGGAGCAAAAUUUUCUAACCCUCCCCUUGACCUUAGCCUAAAAUAUCAUGACCCUCCCCCUCUUGCAUAAAUGAUAAAAUCUCGUUCUUGCAAUACACAAGGGUGAGUCAGUAGUAUGAAAGCUCAAAAUAUAUUUUUAGUCUGUUCUUUGUAAUGCCAUAUACAUACAUUUUAGAUGACAGCAUGAAGCUGAGUCCUACUCUGAUUCUGACAGCUUAUCACUCGACUUUGCUAUUUCUCCGAGUUUUUUUUUUUUUACAAAAUAAAGAACUCCUUUUUUCUUCUGUGGGUGAACCUCUACAUGAUCACGGACACAUAUUUGCAUGACCCUUCCCCUUUUAACGGCCCAUUUUUCAUGUCCCCUCCCUUUUCUGCAGUCUCGAAAAGUUGUGACCCCCCCUUUGUUUCCACCUCCCCUACCCACUGCUAAUUUCUGACAAGUCCCUAAGGAUGAAAGAGCGGGAACUGGAAUAAAUUGUGUAACUUGAGAGGCCGACUUUCAACAGCGGCUCGAAAAUUGAAAACUGAGAUAUACUCCCGCCAACUCCUUUUAUUCAAAUUUACAAUAAAGGAAACGGCACUAGAAGUCGCUUGCGGUGCUCAUUGUAAGCGGGAGAAAUGGGACUUUCAAUUUGCAUCUGCGCUGUAGAAGUACGUUCAGCCUUACUGGAAAAUUAUGUUUUGCCGCAGGUAGAGACGUUUAGUCGGGCACUCCCGCAAUGUAUUUAACCACUAUUAGAGAACGAAUGAGGCCGGUCAUGUGUGCAGAUCGUUUUAUAUCACCAACAGACUCUCCUAAAAACUCUUGUACGAGUUACUGAGUAUUAAAUGCUUAGGUUAAACAGUCGUCUAUUGUUAGUCAAAUUGUCAGUUCUCCAAUAUUCGCCUCACAGAAGCUGGAACUUUUGUCUCGCUCGAUUUGCUAAUCAUAAAGGCAACAAAGUUACGAUUGUUAACAGACACGUAAUCUGUAGUACCACUAUUUUUAACAAUGCAGCAAAACCAUUAAUGUCUGUGAAGUUUUUGGUCAACGGUACACACACCACAAGUCACAAGUACCGUUUUGGGGAAAACUUUACCGUUGACUGUCAAGUUGUUGGGUUGCCUGUGCCGACUGUAACUUGGAGUCGUGGGCAGCAACUGAUUACACCAUCAGCAAGAAGAAAGGUAGGUCUUCGUAUGACUGAUGGAAUUUCCUUCUUAAACGAACGCGAAGACAUAUCAUAAAGAGGACCAAUCUUAAGGAUCAUUUAGAAUUCCGUUCACUCGAGCGUCUAACAGUUCUUCGUUUUUUCGGCUUUUUCUAUGUCGAUUCUAUGAGAAGAUCAAUUCCUAAUCUGGUCCCUGCCAUUAAUGAGUCAUCUUACCAACUCGACUCUAUUGUGCAGACAACUCUCUAAAAUGUGUUUCACCAGAAAGUGAGGACAAUGAAAAAUGUUGGAAAAAAUGCGACGGUAUUCAUCCUGCCACUACGACUUGCUUAAUUCACAAGCCCAUGUUUUCCUUUUGUUUGCCCUCAGUUCCUUAGCAGAUAACACCACAAGACCAAUACCUUAUAAUGCGGCCCUAUUCCCGGCAAACGAACUCUCUCGUGCCCAAUUGUGACAUAAAUGUUCUCUCUGUUGGUUUGCAUUUCAGCUAAUCCUUGGACCACUUCCCAAUGCUCCUGCGUUUUUGAAAGGCGCAGCUGUACAGCUACAACUUCGCAUCAAAGGAAUUCAGAGAGCAGACGCAGGAGUUUACAGUUGCAAGGCUGCAAACCGUCACGGCGUUACCAUCAAAACCAUCACACUGAGUGUCUAGCGGAACCGACAUAGCGAUCAACAAGAGAGAAUUAUUACAAUGUGUACAGUAUGAUUCUCGGUGGCGCAAUACCAGUUUUAUUUACACUCCCUUAGAAGGGUUUUCUUAUAACAAACUUUAAAGAACAGUGUUACUCGAAAGUUAAGUGCUAGAAAAACAUAAUGGAAAGACUAGGUAUUUGAAUAGAGGACAUAAAAUAAAACUUUUAGUUUGAAAAACGUCUGAUGUGG